AUGGUCAAAGAGACCAAACUCUACGACCAGCUGAACAUCAGCCCAAGUGCUAGCCAGGACGAAGUCAAAAAAGCAUACAGGAAAGCCGCCCUAAAAUGGCACCCCGACAAGAACAAGGACAACCCGGACGCCGCCGAGAAGUUUAAAGAGUGCUCGCAAGCUUACGAAAUCCUGUCCGACCCAGCACAACGCAAGUCCUAUGACCAGUACGGUCUCGAGUACAUCCUACGUGGUGGUGUACCGCAACCAGAAAGUAGCUCUGCCGGCGGGGCGCACCCGUUCGCCAGCACUGGCGGCGGCGGCAUCCCAGAGGGUUUCCAAAGCUUUUUCUCCAACGCCGGGGGCGCCCCCGGCGGCCAGGGCUCCCGCUUCUCGUAUAACUUCCACUUCACCGACCCCAACGACUUGUACAACAACACUUUCCACGACAGUGGUUUGGGCAGCGAUUUCUUCGACGAUAUGCUCAACGGCGCGCGGUCUUCAACCUCGUCGUCCGGCGCCCGACGCAUGCGGAACUCGUUUGGCGAGCACGGAAUGCCCCGCCGCGCUCCGACCCCCGAAGUCACCACCGUCGAGCGCCCUUUACCGUUGUCGCUUGAGGAUCUCUUCAUGGGUGUCACUAAGAAGAUGAAGAUCAAGCGCAAGAUGUUCGAUGACACCGGUCGGCGCACUACUACCGACACUGUGCUGGAGGUGCCUAUCAAGCCAGGUCUCAAGAAGGGCAGUAAGAUCCGCUUCAAGGGAGUGGGAGACCAGGAGGAAGGUGGCCAGCAAGAUCUUGUUUUUGUCGUAGAAGAGAAACCACAUGCUCUUUUCUCGCGCGAAGGCGACGACCUGAUCCACACCGUUGAGCUCGACUUGAAAGAAGCCCUCACAGGCUGGAAACGCACAGUCGCCACUAUUGACGGACAUCAACUCAAUCUCGACAAAGCCGGCCCAACGCAACCCGGUUCCUUCGAGGAGUUCCCAAGUCUGGGCAUGCCCAUGUCGAAAAAGCCCGGCUCACGCGGAAAGUUUAUCAUCAAGUACAACGUUCGCUUUCCCAUGAUGCUGAGCCCGACUCAAAAGGAACAGCUGAAAGAGAUUUUGUGA